GAUGACGUCGGGGCCUGUGGCUUUACUUUCUGUUAAGUUUCGCAGUGAACAUGUUUGAAUCCGACGCUGCGGGAUGGAAACGCUGCUUUACGGCUCGCUGCGUGUGCUACAGUCGAGUACGUGUCGUAAACACUGCGAGAGACUGAGGAGAGCCCGUCUGCUUCCGGUCGGCUGCCUGCAGGUGUUGUUCAUCAGCAGCAACAGCAGGCGUGUUGGUGGUAGCUGUGCUGGUUUGCCCAUGGAGAAGCCAUCACCUUCCUCCAAAGCAGCGCUGGAGGAGAGAACCGACCCAGUGGAGGAGAGGGAAGUGCUGGGAGGUGCUGAGGGUGGAGAAGUGGGUCCUCUGACCCCGAGGAAGACCAGCUCCUCCCGAUCCUCCCGCAAGAGCUUCCGCCUCGACUAUCGGCUGGAGGAGGAUGUGACAAAGUCCUGUCAAGACAAACAUGGCCGCUGGACGAACCCCUGGUCCACAUGGCGCUUCCCCUCCUGGCCGUUGCUGCUCAGGUUCAUGUUGUGGGAUAAAGAUCACAGCAGAGUACCAACUAAUAAAGAGGCUCUGGACAGUGAGCUCCCAGUGAUGGAGCCGUACUUUGUCCAGAACCCCGACCUCUCCGACUCCGGUCCAGGUCUGAGAGUCACCUGGUUGGGUCACGCCACUGUCCUGGUGGAGAUGGACGGACUGAACAUCCUGACCGACCCCAUCUUCAGCCAGAGGGCCUCGCCGAUCCAGUUUGUGGGGCCCAAACGGUACCGAGGGCCUCCCUGCACCGUGGAACAGCUGCCCAGGAUCGAUGCUGUGGUCAUCAGCCACUCUCAUUACGACCACCUGGAUGUUGGAUCUGUGGCCAGCCUCAACACACGCUUCGGGGGGGAGCUACGCUGGUUCGUGCCCAUGGGUCUCAUGGACUGGAUGAUGAAGAUGGGCUGUGAGAACGUGAUCGAGCUGGACUGGUGGGACGAGAACUGCGUCCCGGGUCACGACGACGUGACCUUCGUCUGCACGCCAUCGCAGCACUGGAGCAAACGCUCGGCUCUGGAUGAUAACAAGACGUUAUGGGGCAGCUGGUCUAUUCUGGGUCCAGAAAAUCGAUUCUUCUUUGCUGGGGACACUGGCUACUGCCCCUGCUUCCAGGAGAUUGGACGACGCUUUGGACCAUUCGACCUCGCUGCCAUCCCCAUCGGAGCGUACAUGCCCAGGGACGUGAUGAAGGGGCAGCACAUAGAUCCAGAGGAGGCUGUUCAGAUUCACCAGGACCUGCAGGCCAAACACUCUGUGGCCAUUCACUGGGGAACUUUUGUACUCACCUACGAGUACUACUUGGAGCCGGCGGUUCGUCUCAGAGCGGAACUGGAGCAGAAAGGACUGCAUCCGAAAUCCUUCUUCACAUUGCAUCAUGGGGAAUCUCGGCUUAUUACGUCCCGGGUAGGAGACGUCUUUGAGUGAUCGUCCUCCUCGUCCUCCUCCCAUGUUCCUGGGCUGCGUUACCGUCGAUCUGUAAUAAAGACCAGAGAGAUUUUGUAGAUAGACUUUAGUGAUUAAAGUAUGGAAUGCAAAUGUAUUCAGCUCGUCUCUAUAUUGACCCUGUAAUGAGCACUUAUUAUUGUUCACCAUUUACAUAACAGGGUCACUGGUGAACAGUACUACCUAAAGGAGCUGAUGCAUAUGUAGAAAGAAAAAAAACGACUGAAUUGUUGAGUCAGUGUCAAAUGUUCAUUGAAAAUAUUGAUUCAGAUUUUUUCUUGGUUUGCACAAGUUUACAAAAUGAAUUCAGGUCCCAUUUGAAACAGCUGAAGACUAAGUUUCCACAUGUGGGAUCAGUGUAGACAUUACUUCUCAGUUGUUGUUCAGUCGGCAUGCAGACCGCAAAUUACCACUUUGAAAUACAACAAAGCUGCAGAAACACUGUUGGUGAUUAUCUACAUAGAGAGAGACAAUUUAAUGUUAAAUAUAGGAAGUGGUUAAGAAUGUUUACCAUGACAGUCGUGGUCAUUGCAGAACAAUGAUACCUAAAGAAUCAAAUGACAAAAUAAAGGAAAAACACUUCUGGCAAAGAUUAGCUCCUGUCUUUUAGUAAUUUCAAAGAACAUUUUCUGUAGCUUUGUUAUAUCUCAAAGUGGUAACUUGUGUGUUUAAAAUAUUUUCUGGUUGAUAGAAUAUUCCAGAACAGAGGAGCAACAACCGCUGAAAAGAAACUUAGUCAUCAACUGACCAGAAUAUGACCGUCAUUCUUUUUCUGAAUUUUUUGCACAUUAACAAAAAAAUCGGGAUAAAAUAAGUUAAAGUGAACCUUACAGAGUUACUAUAGUAACCAACGCUCUUAAAUGAAGAUGUGAAAGUGUGUGCACAGGAAACAGUGGAGGUUGAUUGACAAACCUCGUCUCUGGAGCCGAACCGGAACCUGUAGACACGUGAUGCAGUUUCAUGUUCACACACAGCUGGACACGUGAGCUGUUAUAUCAAAGAAAAAACACAGACAGAUAUUUAGUGGUUUUUAAAGAGCAGUGUUAGCUGAAGCUAAAUGACAAUGCUGUGAUUGUAUUCAGGCCAACACAAAACUACACAGACAAGAAAAGUAAAGGAAGAAAUCUUGUUCCCUACAGCUGAAGUGUCAGUGUGCACAAGUUGAGCUGGGUUCAACUUGCACUGCAGCUACUGUGUUUUGUUCCUGUGACGAACAUUUCCUCUGAAUGUCCUCAAACCACAGCACAAAGACCAACCUCAUGCAGCAGAGAUGUUUUCGAUCCAGACAGAAACAAUUGAAUCAUUUAGUGCUGUUGUGAUUUUAUCUUAAAAACCAGAAUGUAAGAAGAGGAAACAGCACAAUUUUGAGGUGAUCUAAUAGCCUGGUUAAAACUGUAUCGUCAGUCUGGGCUUAAUGUGGUUUACAUUAGUGUGUCACUGAAUUUACCAUUAAUUAAACACUGCAUACCUGCAAA